ACGUACAGGACAAUAAACAUGAAAGUCGCCUUCGCCUUCCUAGCCCUCGUGGCUUUUGCCUCGGCCGUCGAGCCCAAGAACGAGCCCAUCCCGAUCCUGAGAAGCAGCGAGGACCCCCCGAGCCCCGACGGCUCGUACUCGUACAGCUUCGAGACCGGCAACGGCAUCAAGGCCGAGGAGAAGGGCCACGUGAAGGACCUGGGGGGCGAGCACGAGGCCAUGCAGGUAAAGGGCAGCUACAGCUACCAGGCGGAGGAUGGCUCGCCCAUCUCGGUCUCCUACACCGCCGACGAGAACGGCUUCCAGCCCAAGGGUGACCACAUACCCCAGCCGCCCCAGUCGGUUCUGAGGAUGCUCGAGUGGCUGGCUCUCCACCCCGAGGAGGAGGACCCGGAGUUCCUCAAGGCGAGCGCCAAAUUUUAAAAUCGCGCCGCGACUUUCGCCCUUGUGUGUUGCAUUGUUUCCCUCGUGGGGUGUGAUUGAAGGGACUGGGUGUGCGGUUGACGGGAAUUUUGUUUCGUUUUCCGUUGGAAUUUCUCGUUGACUGGCCAGUGUGUGGUGUAUGUUUGACGUGAAUCUGUGUGAUGGAGCCACGGCACGAUUUGGGCAAGAUUUUUUUUUUUUUUUUUUAACUAUUUCUACUUGACGACAUUUUUUUUAUACAGCGAACGGUAGUGCGAUGUAUUUUUAGAGCUGUUUGGACAAUGGUUUCAUUUUUGGCUGGAAAUGAAUUUUUUUUAUCCAACAUUGCGUCAUAAAAAGUAAUGGAAAAAAAUUGAAAAAGUAUCCAUGACCAAGUCUGCCAAGCUGUACGAGUGUAAAAAAGGCCCUGUAUAUAUGAUUAGAUAAGAUCUGCUGUUUUUUUUUUCUUUAAUAUGUAGCACUGUACGACUUUGUUUAAUAAAAUUCGCUAUAUUUUGUACAAAAAUUUUGUCUCUAUUCCCGAGUAAAAAGAAACCAGAAAUAAAAAAUCACGACUUAGCUCUGCGCUAUUUUUAGCAACCAUAGCUGCAAGAGACUUGUGUAUUUUUGAAAUUCAACAAAUCCGAGACACGGAGUUGGCAAAUGAUUUAUG